CUUUGGCUUGCCGAUAUAUCUACGUAUAUCUAUAUAUAAACAUACCUAUGUUUUUUAGCUCGAAGGCUUUCCCUUCGAGUAGUGUGCCAUCUCACACCUCAGUGCAGACAUUGUCAGCUGUUGCACACUAGGUUUUGUGUGAAAUGUCAUUUGUGCUUUCCGUUAGAUUACCACUGCACAUAACUUGCAUUAGGGCUCCUGUGUGCUGUUUCCUGAAAGCAGACAGCCACUGUGCUUUGUUUAGCUUGCAUACUAGGUGUGAAGCCAUGUCCGUUUUGUUGCAGUGCGUUGACAUUAAAAAAAUGGCUGGAAGUGUAAGUCUACGGCUAACUUUGCAUAUGGUUGCACAAAGCAGCAACUGCUAAGCAUACAAUUAACAUACGACAGAGAACUAUAGUCAGUCUCCCCAACGUGCUGUCAUUCAAAGGUCUUGUGCAUUGGUUGUCCUCUUAGACUUAGUGGUAAACAAGCAAUCAAGCCAAAAUUAUGUUGCAUGUGUCCUAGAUAAACUGUCAAAACUGGCAAAUCUGUUCAUACGGGGCUUUUGAUGGUACGGCCCUCUAGUGUUACGUUCAUUAGUUGUUUUUUUAGCACAUGAAGGAAAUAUCAGCUGAUUUACAUGCAGUAGUGUAAUGGAAGUGCUUUCUACCUAUAGAUGAGCAAGAUUAGGCUUUUGAGCAUGCUUAAGAAAGUCAUGCACAUUUGAUUCCUCGCAUCCUUACUAUGCUUGGCCUCAUUCAGAAGGCUAGUUGGCUUAACUGAAACAGUUUCUUAUGUGUGAAACCUCCAUGGCAGUUUUAAGGCAAUAGUACAUUCAUCUGGUGGUCUUGCAUAGAAGUAAGGUCUGGAGGAGCAACACCCAUCUGCUCAUCAACCCUUGCCUGCAUACCAUGCUUGCCAUCCUUUACACAAAACGGAAGGAACCCUAGAAGAUGAGCGCUGAAGCGAACAGGCACAUGCUACGUACCCUGCGAUCCCUUCUCACCAGUGGCUUGCAGGAACAAUAAGGCAUUGAAGAAUCACGAGGGUGGGGGGAUGGGCAAAGGUCUGCUCCGCAUGUUGUCUGCUUUUUUUGGCAAGAAGCGGCCGGCAAUUCCUCCUCGCUCACGAGCCAUGCCACCCGCCACACUCUCAAUGAGCCUUUGGUGCUGCCCCCUCCCUUCCGCCGAGCCGUAAGUGUUUUUAUUCAAAGGUGCCGCGUCGUCGCCGCCACCGUCGGAGAGCUGGCUGCACACUUCGUACGUAGAUCCCCUCUCUCUAAACUCUCCUCUGUUCUGCUCGUUUUGGCGUGCCGUGCUCCCCGCCUCCCGUACGUGGGGCAGGGGAGGCGUGCCUUUCUCUAACUUUAUAUACAUUUUGCAAACGUCAUCACCAGUGGAUAGUGUCACAUGUUACUGUGUGCUGCACUUUUCUCUGCGAAAGGGCAUAGGGGAGAGAGAGAGAGAGGCGGCGGACACACACACAGGAGGUGGCAAUGCGUUUCAAGCGGCGCUCUGGCCGGUUUGGGGCUCCCGCAGUUUUGGGUAUGUUUUUGUAUGAGGAGGAGACGGCGAAGCAGCUUCUGGGUACGUCCUUUCACUCCAUCGGACAAAAAGCACCUCAUCAUUUUAAUUUAAACUUUGCUUUAUUGUCCAGCGGGGUGCUUCUUGCUCUGAUCUCUUGUAAAUUGCCAAGUGUGUUUCAUCGAGAGCUGAGCAUGAUCGUCGUCACCACGUGUCACGGUUUCAGUACGCUUUGUGUCUUAUGUUUUGCCUGUUAACGAAAAUGUGACGAAGGCGACACCACCGACGGGAGAGGAGACGGCGCGUUGCUUCGUCUGUGUUCAGCAAGUGGCGAGAACAACCGCUACAAGGUGCACUUUACGGAUCCCCGGGUGUGCAAGAGCUUCCUGCUGGCCUGCUGCCCACAUGACAUCCUGGCAUCCACGAGAAUGGAUUUGGGGGACUGUCCCAAGAUCCAUGACUUGGCCCUGAGGGCCGAUUAUGAGAAUGCCUCCAAGAAGAAAGACUACUUCUAUGAUGUGGACGCAAUGGAGCACCUUCAGAACUUCAUCGGCGAGUGUGACCGGCGAACAGAGCAAGCCAAACGCCGGCUGGCUGAGACACAGGAGGAGCUGAGUGCAGAAGUGACACUCAAGUUGAACCGCGUGCACGAGCUGGCAGAAAAUAUGGGCAAGAAGCUGGCCGCAGCGGAGGCGAAAGGCGCCGAUGGCAACGUUGAAGAGUCGCUCAAGCUCCUUGAGGAAGUGGAGGAGAUCCGGCGGAAGAAAGCGGAGGCAGAGCAGGACUACCGCAACUCCAUGCCUGCGUCCUCGUACCAGCAACAGAAGCUGCGGGUUUGUGACGUGUGCUCUGCCUACCUGGGCAUCCACGACAAUGACCGUCGGCUGGCGGACCACUUUGGGGGCAAGCUGCACCUGGGAUUCAUCGCCAUCCGCGAGAAGCUGGCGCAGCUCAAGCAGACGGUCACCGACAAGCGCGAGAAGGCGCGAGCCGAACAGCUCGCUGAGCGGUCCUCCUCUCGGGGAGGACCGACCCCGUGGCGGUGCGGGCCAGACAGCCGGAGCCGCAGCCGGAGUCCCACCCGCCGUGGCGGCGGCGAGGAGCGCCCCGUGCGCCGCAGGUCACGGUCACGCGAGCGACGUCGUCGCAGUCGCUCCGGAUCACGGGGCUCGUCGUCACGUCAUCACUCCAGGGGCUCAUCGAGAGACCGCAAGCGCGACCGCAGUCGUGAGCGGCCACGUCGAGACAGUCGUCACAGGCGGUCGUCGCGUGAGCGGAGAGGUUCGCGGGAGAGGAGACAAGAGCGGGGUGACAGCGAGGAAAACCACAGACUGGAAAAGUGAAACACCCCGUCACAGAUGACUUACAGUGCAAUGUUCCAAGGACAAAGAAGCACUAGUUCCUGUGCAUUGCAACAAGACUGUCUCUCUCUCACUCAGACUCUUUGUACAUACAAGUGCUGUUGCGUUCAGACGCAAAUUUUUUUUUAACCAUAAAUCCGGUUGUUCUCAUAAAUGCUACAACUGCUUCUGUUUCUUCAUUUU